UCUUACCUGUCUCUAAUCCCUUCAUCUCUCUUCUCUCUGUAUUUACAGAACAAAAAAAUAAAAACAAAAAUAAACUUGUAUAUUAUUAUUGAUUGGAAUUAUUGUUUGGUUUGGACAUUCCUCAAUCCUCCUUCACUUUACAAGAAAUGCAUUCUUAGCUUUCACGAGAUUGUCUUGUGGAUAAAUAGUGCUUCAACUGACUCCACUUUUUAACUAUUCUUUGCCUUUUUCCUCUUCAACAAACUUCACUCAAACCAAAUGUCCUGAUUUCUCAGUCUUCAGAUCAUAUGUUUUUUUCCAAGUCAAAUUCCAAUCUGGGUUAUCAGUAAAAAUGAAGAAUUCUGCUUUUUAUUUGUUUUUAGUUAUGUUUAUGGCGUUUGAGCUAUCUGGGUAUGUUGUUAUGGCUAAGGAGUGUACAAACACUCCCACUCAGCUCUCAUCGCACACUCUCAGAUACGAGAUUCUGACGUCCAAGAACGAGACUUGGAAGAAGGAGAUGUUCUCUCACUACCAUUUGACCCCAACAGACGACUCCGCGUGGUGGAAUUUGCUUCCGAGGAAGCUUUUGAGAGAAGAAGACGAGUUCGAUUGGACCAUGAUGUACCGGAAGAUGAAGACUUCUGGAAUCGGUUCCGAUGGGUCCGGAGAUGUUCUGAAGGAGGUGUCUUUACAUGAUGUGAGGUUGGAUCCGGAUUCGCCACAUGGGCGUGCUCAGCAGACCAAUUUGGAGUAUCUGUUGAUGUUGGAUGAGGAUAACUUAGUUUGGAGUUUUAGAAAAACUGCUGGUUUGCCAACGCCUGGUAAACCUUACAAGGGUUGGGAGGACCCAAGUAUUGAGCUUCGUGGUCAUUUUGUAGGCCAUUACUUGAGUGCAUCAGCACAAAUGUGGGCUAGCACUCACAACAAAAGCUUAAAGGAGAAAAUGACUUCUGUGGUGUCCUAUCUAUCCGCUUGUCAGGAAAAAAUAGGCACAGGAUAUCUUUCUGCUUUUCCAUCCGAGCAAUUCGAUCGUUUUGAGGCUAUCAAACCUGUCUGGGCUCCGUACUACACCAUUCACAAGAUCCUAUCAGGUUUGUUGGAUCAAUAUACAUUUGCUGGUAACAAUCAGGCUUUCAAAAUCAUGACAUCGAUGGUCGACUACUUUUACAACCGAGUUCAGAAUGUAAUUACCAAAUACACAGUGGAGAGACAUUAUCUAUCACUCAACGAAGAAACUGGCGGAAUGAAUGAUGUGCUUUAUAAGUUAUACAGAAUAACGGCAAAUCCAAAGCAUUUGUUGUUGGCUCACCUGUUUGACAAACCAUGCUUUCUAGGCUUGCUUGCAGUCCAGGCUGAUGAUAUAGCUGGUUUUCAUGCCAAUACACAUAUUCCAAUUGUUAUUGGUUCUCAAAUGCGAUACGAAGUCACUGGUGAUCCACUUUAUAAGGAAAUAGGGACGUACUUCAUGGACAUUGUGAACUCAUCUCACAGCUACGCAACAGGAGGAACAUCAGCCAGCGAAUUCUGGUCAGAGCCAAAGAGAUUGGCAACCAGAUUGGGCACUGAGAAUGAAGAAUCUUGUACAACUUACAACAUGCUCAAGGUCUCUCGCCAUCUAUUUAGGUGGACGAAAGAAGUGGUUUACGCAGAUUUCUACGAGCGCGCUCUAACGAAUGGUGUGCUGAGCAUCCAAAGAGGAAGAGAACCUGGAAUUAUGAUCUACAUGCUUCCACUUGGCCGAGGAGUUUCCAAGGCCAAAAGCUAUCAUGGAUGGGGAACACCGUUUGAGUCUUUUUGGUGCUGUUAUGGUACAGGAACUGAAUCAUUUUCAAAGCUAGGAGAUUCUAUAUAUUUUGAGGAAGGAGGAGACAAUCCUGGUCUCUAUAUCAUCCAGUACAUAUCAAGCUCACUCAACUGGGCAUUAGGAAAACUUAAGCUGAAUCAGAAAGUUGAUCCUGUUAACUCAGGGGAUCCUUAUCUUCGGGUGUCUUUGACGGUUUCACCUGUGGGAACAGGUCAAUCAUCUACCUUAAACUUGCGGAUUCCGAGUUGGACGCAUUCCGAUGGCGCAAAGGCAAAGUUAAAUGGUCAAGAUUACGCUCUACAACCAUCACCAGGUAGUUUUCUAUCAAUCACUAGAAACUGGAGCCCUGGUGAUGUAGUAACCCUUCAGCUGCCCAUUAGUCUAAGGCAAGACCCUAUUAAAGAUGACAGGCCUGAGUAUGCUUCAAUUCAGGGAAUUCUUUAUGGCCCCUAUCUGCUUGCAGCUCAUACCAGUGGUGACUGGGAAAUCAAAACAGGAUCAGCUAGCUCUCCUUCAGACUGGAUAACUCCAAUCCCUUCCUCUUACAACAAUGAUCUGGUCACUUUCUCCCAACAGCUUGGAAAAUCAAUAUUUGUCUUGACGAAUGCAAACCAAUCAAUCACAAUGAAAAAACUUCCCGAAUCUGGGACCGAUGCAGCAGUGCAAGCCAGUUUCAGGCUCAUCUUUGAGGAAUCGUCUUCCUCAAAACACUCCACGAUGAACGACAUCAUUGGCCAGACAGUCAAGUUCGAACCGCUUGAUUUGCCAGGCAUGGUGGUAGUGCAUCAAGGAGAAGAGGAUCUUACAGUCGCGGAUUCCUCCAGUGAGAAGGGCUCUUCAUCAGUUUUCCUCCUUGCUUCCGGAUUAGACGGAAGUUCAGAAACGGUGUCCUUGGAAUCAGAAAGCAACAGAGGUUGCUUUGUGUACAAUGCGGACUAUCAAUCUGGUGGAAGCUUGAAGCUAAGCUGCAAUAAUGAGCCGUCAGACGCGGCAUUCAGUCAGGCAGCAAGCUUUGUAAUGAAUAAAGGACUGAGUGAGUAUCAUCCUAUAAGCUUUGUGGCCAAAGGGGCAUCAAGGAAUUUUCUUUUGGCGCCAUUGUUGAGCCUCAGGGAUGAAUCUUAUACCGUUUAUUUUAACAUUCACACUUAGAUAAGUUAGGACAGAAUACUGGGAAAACCAGUUACAAACAUGCAAUUAAACAACAAAAUUCCUUUCUGGACAGUUGUUACUAGUUGAAGAAUAAAUUUUCUGAAAAGUGUAGAUGAUCUUCAUAUGAAACAUUUUUAGCCUCAGUUUAUAGAGAGUGAUUGAAGAUUGAAGCUAGAGAAAGAAGAAUUUGGGAACGGAUGAUAAAAGUAUAUUUAUUAGUCCCUUUGCUGUAUGUGUGUGUCCCUUGAGAUUCUUGUUUGUGUUCUUCAAAGCCUAUGGCUCAGAGAAAUGAUUAACUGGUGUUAAUA